CUUCCGCUGCGAUGUUAUGGACCGCUUUCUGAGGUUUUGAGGCGCUUCCGUAAUGGAGUCCGUACUGCAUUUGUUCGUCGGCCUUGCAGCUGCCUGUCUGUGGCUUCCCUGGGCCGCGGCGCAGCAGGAUGUGUGGCUCUUGAGUAUCUGCUCGGGUGACGUGAAGGUCGGUGGACUGGGGAACAAAUCCAAGCCGCUCGUCGACCUGGGUAAGUGGCACUAGCAAGGCAGGACCACCUCCGUUUGUCGCGUGUUCAUUCCUGCAUGCAGCUCUUUCUGAGAUCAACAACCGCACCGACAUUCUCAAUGGCUAUGAGCUCAAGGUUGAGCAUGUCGGUGGAGUCGACAGACAGACAGACAGACAGACAGACAUAACAGGUGGAUUCUCAAUGAUCUGUGUCUGUGAUGUCUGUGAUGUCGCCUGUAUGUCUGUCUGUCUGUAGGUCGACUCCGAUUGUGAUCCAGGUCACAUUAUGAUAUAGAGCUACAGACAAAAGCACCCAUUGUUCCUUGCAAUGUGGGCUGUUGUGUCUGUGUGUUUCAGUGGAAGGCUCUUUCCGUGUUACCAAGGCUCUAAAGGAAGGUCCCCCGAAGGUGAGCAGCCACAGGCAUGCUCAGUCACGCGCAAAUACCCAUCAUUCUCUGUGCUGGGUGCUUGCAUCUCAGGUAGGAAUCAUGGGCCCCUGCUACUCGCCCGUGUGCGAGGUCGUCAGCCCCGUUGCGCGGAGCUAUAACCUAGUCAUUAAAGUGAGACGAACAUGGACCGUCUCUGGCGGUACGGCUGUAUGUGUCUGUGUCUGUGGUCAGGCUGCUAGUUGUGUGAUAGGUGAAUUCAGGUGUGCACGAUGGCCCAAGGGAGGCGCGGAGACGAGUUCCCAACACAUACAUGUUUGUGUGCGAGCUGUAUGUGUGUGCUUUUGGUUCUAGCGAUGAGGAGAAGUAUCCAUUGUUCACGCGCAUCUUUCCCCCCACGGUACGCAAUGGAUUUGGUGGCUGACAUCCGCCAUAUGCAUCCCUUCGGCGUGCACCUGCAGGGAGAGAUGGUUGUGUACGCAAUGGUCCAGCUGGCCGGCAUGUUUAAAUGGGGACGCUUCACAUUCGUGACGCAGGCAAAGCACCGGGCCAGGCAAGAACGUUUUACAUGAUUUGAAUUCUGUUUGGUGUCUCAACUUGAAGGACAUCGAGAUAUGUCUCUUGUUGGCCGGGGGAGUCCAUCAGACCUUAGCUGCAACAUUCCCAAAUUUCGAUCAUGUCGCCACCCUACUCAUGGCGGUAUACAAGAGCAGAGGCCAUCAACCACUUUGACAGUCGCCUUGUUUAUCCCUCACACAGACGCACGAUGACGCUUAUAAUGUUGUGGCAGAACUUCCUUCUUAUCGGCCGCGUAUCCUCGUGCUAUCGGCCUACGAGGACUUUGCAGUCAACUUCUUCUGCGCUUUGUACCAAGCUGGCAUGUAUGGCCCGUCAAGUAAUCUGGUUAUGCUCUCGCCCACACACUGGUGUGACGAUGUAAUACAUGAGCGGCUUGGCAAGCUGGCGUUGAAGUCGAGCUAUGUAUGUAUGCAGGUGGAACUCAAACUUUAUCGAGGAGCUCGUAAUGGUUACAACUGCACCGUUGCAGAAAUACUUGAGGUAAGCACCGCCGUACAGGCAGGCAGGUCGAAAGGCAUGGUCUCGAUGCUAAAGGUGCGACAGCCAGCUGAAUCCUUCUCUCACUUCGAUGUUCGAUUUGCAGGGUGCCAGCAAUAUCAUAGGCAUAUCGAUGGCCGGACGGCAGCCAAGCGACGACCCACAUGGGCUUUCCGGACGAAAAAUCAACGAUGUAGUCAAGAAGGGGGGCAUGCGCAACACAAAUCGCCAGUGCAUGGGAAUCCUUGCAUGCCCCUCUAUACAUCAGAUAAUGGCUGACUACCAAACAGCCUGCUCGGUCUCCACGGACGGCUGCCAUGUUGGGGCAGGUGAACGGACAUGAUUCUUUCUGCAGUCAUGACAAUUCUAUUUGGAGGUUACUCUUAUGAUCCUUCUGCAGGUUACUUUUAUGAUUCUGUCUGGUGAGCACUGCCUUCCUGUCGAUCGUGCGCAUCGACAUACAGAUGCCCUGAUGCAGGUCGUGGGCGAAGGUGCUGGAUGACUGGUUCCUUAGUGGAGGCUGA